CCGAUGGAGAACAGGACAGAGGUGACCGAGUUCCUCCUGCUGGGACUGACCGAUGACCCGCACCUGCGGCUUCCCCUCUUCAUCACCUUCCUCCUCAUCUACACCCUCACUGUGGCUGGGAACCUGGGGAUGCUCCUGCUGAUCCUCCUGGACCCUCGUCUGCACACCCCCAUGUACUAUUUCCUGGGUAACCUGUCCCUGGUGGACUUUGGAUACUCCUCAGCUGUCACUCCUACAGUCAUGGCCGGGUUGCUUACAGGACACCAGGUCAUUUCCUACAGUGCCUGUGCUACUCAGAUGUUCUUUUUUGUAGCCUUUGCUACUGUGGAGUGUUUCCUGUUGGGCUCAAUGGCCUAUGAUCGCUAUGCAGCAGUGUGUAAACCCCUGCACUACACAACCACCAUGACCACAAGUGUGUGUUCUUGUCUUGUCACAGUCAGCUAUACCUGUGGCUUCCUGAAUGCCUCCAUCCACGGUGGGGACACAUUCAGGCUCUCCAUGUGUAACAACAAUGUGGUCCAUCACUUUUUCUGUGAUAUUCCAGCAGUUAUGGUUCUCUCCUGCUCUGAUAGACAUGUCAGUGAGUUAGUUCUUGUCUACAUUGUAGGUUUUAAUGUCUUUUUUACUCUGCUUGUUAUCUUGAUAUCCUACAUCUUCAUUUUUGGCACCAUCCUAACAAUGCGCUCAGGUGCUGGAUAUCACAAGGCUCUGUCCACCUGUGCCUCCCACUUCACUGCCGUCUGCAUCUUCUAUGGGACAAUCAUGUUCAUGUACCUGCAGCCCAGCUCCAGUCACUCCAUGGACACUGAUAAAAUCGCCUCUGUGUUCUACACCAUGGUGAUCCCCAUGCUGAACCCACUGGUCUACAGCCUGAGGAACAAGGAGGUCAAGAGUGCUUUCACGAAAAUUAUUUUGGGGAAAUAUGAUCAUUAA